AUGGAUGGGCGCAAACCGAGCCAUAAGCUCAAGAAAAUCAGGGAGCUGCAGGCAGGCCGGGGUAAAGGAGGUGCGGCAGACACGGCGGAGCUCGGCGGGCAGCUGGGCGGCGGUGGCGGCGCGGUUGGCCAUUUUGAGGGCGCGCAGGCAGAGAGAGAGAUCCUUGAGGUAAAGGCCUUCGUGGUCAUUCUCGCCAUCGUAGAGGUCAAAGGCGAUGCGGCCAUCAUAAAUGUCUUGAAACGUGAGCUUGCGGGUGCUAAUGAGACGAGCAGCACGUUUGAAGACGAGGACGUUUUGAGAGCUGGUGCGAAAGUUGGCCGUGCGGUGCAGAUCCCUGUCCAAAGCAUUGGUCUCGAGCCAGACCUCGAGCUGCGUCUUGGACAGCCCUUCGCCAAUGCCUUCGUUGUUGCUGGUGUAGUUGCGCUCGAACAAAUCGUUGGGAUGCAGCAGGCUGCGGGGUAUCCUGUAUUGGUGCUUAAAGAUGAAGAGCCCGCUGCUCAAAGCGACACAGAGGUGUGCGGUGGCGAGGCACGACCAGACCCCGAGCUGGCAGCCACACGCGGACGGAGAGAGGGCGAAGCCCACCACCACGACGACGACGACGACGACGACGACGACGACGACGACGACGACGACGACGACGACGACGACGACGACGACGACGACGACGACGACGACGACGACGAUGAGACCAAGACGGUAACGGCAGCCAGCACAGCAGCAGCAGCAGCAGCAGGGGGAAAGAGCAGGAGCAGGGGGAAGGAGCAGGAGCAGGAGCAGGAGCAGGGGAUGAUGCUGAUGCUGGUAACGCCGAUUCCGCAAAAUGAAGGAGGCGCACCAGAGAGUUGGGUCGACUCACAGCGUAAUUCAGAGAGACAUGAAUGUCAGAUUGAUGAAAUAUGGGAUAUAAGCGUUGAGGUAGAGGUGUUUGAGAGACAUGGGCUGACACGGCGGUUCAUGGUAGAGAGUGUGGCGCAUGGUGAUUCGCCACCGGUGGCUGCAAGCGUUUUGUUGGGGGUCGCGACGACGUGUUGGCGUCUCUCUUGUGUCCCUCGCGGGGGAUGUGGACCCUGGCCCCCGGGCCCGACACCGCCCGCCGUGAGGGACCGCACUCGCGCCCACGAUAGGGCCGCCUCAGGGCGGGGUGGAGCCUACGCCUCGCGCGCCCCCAAUCACGACCCCAUCCCUGAGGCCGCUGAAAGCGCAGCCGCGACCCCGAUCCCACGCCCGCCAUCCCCGAUUACCACUGCAGGCCUCAUCAAAGCCAAGCAAGCUGCCAACCUCUUUUUGCGUCGUGCGCAACGCACCACACCCGACGUUCCCGACGCGACAAACUCCUUUGCCGAUUCGGCGUCCGACCAGGCGCAAAGCUCAGCCUCGGGCCCUCAGGCUUCAAACGGCUCGGCUCAAGGCGGGGGUUCAGGCUCCACCUCUAGCGCCACUCAUUCAAACAACCAAAAUAGUGCAGCCAAGUCAACACUCGGGGACCCGCGCUCUGAAUCACCGGAUCGUAAGGGCGCCUUGAUCAGCCCACUCGGUCUUGCCAAAGCCAACAGCGCGGCACGCAAAUUUCUGAGCGGUCGCCGCUCAGCACCGCCCACACAAGACACCCCAGCCCCAAGCAAGUCCCAAGAAGCAACCCUCCCUCCCCCACCUUCUGCCCGUGACCUUCGUAGGCGCCCAUUCCAAGCCAGUGACGCCCUCUUCAGUCACCUGGACAUCCACCUCGCCAGCCCUGAGACUCGGCCAAAACCUACGCCGCGCCCCAAGAUCAAAGCCCCUGUUGUAACGGACGCUGACACCGAAGGUGAUCUUGACAGCAACAACCGUGACGUUGAUAGCAGCCACGCCCGACCUACGUCUCGUGCCUCCUCAGCUGUGCCCCCGCCUCGACCCGCCAGCGCAGUCAAAUCCCGCGCACAUUUUGAAGCCCAACCCACGGAAUCCAAAACUGGCCUCACACCCGGUGGCAAGGCCCACCCCACCCCCAGACCACCACACAGCAAGCCCCCGACCAUCAUACACCAUCACCCUAUUCCUGCUGUUCCCCCGUUUCAGUCCGACCCGUGGGCCAUAUUUGCCGAACGCGCCCGCGUCGUGACCCACGGCGCCACUGUCGUGUGCGUCCCCCUGCCACAGCGCCGCCGUCGCCGCGCCAAAAGUGCCGUAUCUGAGCCCCUGUUGCCCGCUGUCCGCCCUGGUUGGUGCAUUCUCGACGACGAGCCCAUCGACGCUGGUCGUCAAGCAACCUAUGAGGUUCGUCUCCAGCCGGUGAAAGGAAAAUUGGCUGCCACCGGCCGCUGCUUCACCACCUUUGCCGCGGGAAAUCCAUCUCAGCAAAGCCUGCUCAGCAAAGCCCCAACCGGCUCCUGCGUGCUUUUUGAAGCUGGCGUUGGCCCAGUCCCCUACCACUUGGUGUUGUGGAUGGUAGCGACUACUGCCGCUGAUAAACAGCUCGUACCCGCCCUUCCCCCACAUACGGCCGCGCCCUGCGCAGCCUGUGCAUACUUGGCCGGCUUUUGCACCGACUACAAUCGCGUGUACUGGCACCGCAACGGAGAUCGUGCGCUUGGUCGCGUCACCGCCUUCCGGUCCACCCCUUCCCUCUCCGACGCUGGCCGCGAAUUCUCUCGAGGAGUCACCCCCCAGGUUCCGGAACCCACCCUUUCCGCCACUGUAUCGGCUUUCCGUGCCGCCACACGCUGGAAGCGCACCAUCCACGAACCGGAACACGCCCGCCCACCAGCUGCGCGUGCCACUCCAAGCAAACACUCCGUACUCCAGCAACUCCUUGCCUACAACGUUGGUGCCCACGCGCACCGCGGUUGGCUCCAGGCAACACGCGCCGAGCUGGUCAAGCUCACCUCAACUUUUGGCAAACACCCAAGCCCCGUUGCCGACGCCGACUGGGACGAAGACGACACUGACCCCAUUGAGACAGCCCGGCCCUUGCGUACCACCACAAGCCUACAAAACCUACGUGCCUACCGCGUCUCCCCAGCCCCCUUGUUCAACAUGCAGCGCCCCAGCCAGAGCGGCGACUCGGCCCGCGACAGUCCAAAUUAUCGUCCGCGAACGACCGGUGCCAGUCCCGUCCCGCCGCGCCGUGCCGCGCCCGCCUCCGUGACCCUCGAAGACAGUGGCUCGUCCGCCCCUGCCCCGCGCCGCCCAAGCACACUCGGCGCUGCGGGCACCGCCAACAAUGCUAGCAGCAACAAUCUGCUGGGCAACUCCAAGCCAACCGUGGUUCGCAGUGGCGGCCGCCGCGCACAGCUCGAGUUCAAGUAUCGCGAUGACUUGAACGCUCACCCCGAGUGGAUAGUUGCUGGUAAGGACCUCUUCAAUCCCAAGCGCCAAACCCUUCAGGAAUGGGCGUGUGGUCGCGCCUUGGCCGCCCAGUGCCGUGAGCGCAACACGCUCAUGGGCCCGGCGGAUGCCGCUGGCACUGCUGGCGCCGGCGAAGUCAUUGAUCGCCCCUCGUCCAAGCCCACGGCCCGCAAGCUGCUGCCGUCCAAAUCGGCCACCGACUUGCGGGAACACGUGUCUCCCGAUAUUCUCGAGCUCUCCGAUCAGCAUCUUGAUGGCGUUCUCUCCAUCGCCCGCACCAGCCGUGCAGGCAUUUUUCAGACUUACCCAGACGGCACCCGCUUUCUUGAACUCCAUCGUGGCAGCGGGGUGGUUUGCUACCCGAGUGGCAAUACGGCCAUGGUCAUAUCGCUUUGUCCCUCCGGCACGUACGUCUGGGCCUACGAUGACCAUCCUGAGGGUCGUCUCAUGGCCUACUUUAGCCCCAUCAGCGGCGGCGCAUGCUAUCACCCCACCGGGCAGCCACGCCUCGUCUGCACUCGCGAUCUUCUUACGACAUGCAAUCCAGAAGGUGAUGUGGAAGAAGUCUUGCGGUGGAGCGACCCAGCUGCAAGCCACACUGCCAUCAUCAACCCCUGUUUGACCGUGCGCGUCAAGUCUCGCACGGACGUGCGCAUCACUGUCCGCCACCAUCGCCCAUCAGCACCAGCGCAAGAGGAUCGACGAUUCACGGUCAGCGUUGGCAGCUCGGUACCGGCCGUGUGUGCAAGCAUGCAGGUGGUACCGCCGCAGUCUGCCAUGCUUGCCGAUCUACGUGCGCGCACGACCGAUCUCCUCGAUCGACUCGGCAAUUUUGUCGGCCUGAAUUUGGCGGAAAAUGGUGUCGAGCUACCCAGUGAGCCGAGCACUUCAACUGUGAAUGCUGGAGGAUCUGGCAGCUCAGCACGCGUUCCACAUGCGCCCAACGCCACGGCAAAGCCUGGACGCCCUGGAUCCUCCAAGCUUCCGGCACAUCGACCCACGUCGACGCUGCGCGUCAAGUCAGCACGCUCCCCACGCGCAGCCAUUAAUCAUUUGGCCAGGCCACGCACAGCCCCACCAACUCGUACGGCCCGCACUCGCCCCUCCAUCGCCUGUCUUAUCGUUCGCCACGCCAUGCCCAUACCACCCGCGAUGAUCAGCGAUCCCCUUGUGAGCGCCGUGCAGACGGUGUACCAAACCAUCAUGCAUGCACAGCGUGGACAGUGCACUUUUGGCCCCCGUCCAGUCUUCGUAGCGCUUUAUGCCGUUGGCAGCCGCGAUUGUCAACGACUCAAGAUAGACUACGCAGCCGCGCCUGGCUAUCUUGUGAUUCUUGAUGCGCAAGGUCGCUUGCGAUUUGCCAACAAGCACUGGAAGGGUCGACCAUUCUCCGUACAAUCUCUCAAGGAGCUGUUGCAGGAAGUGGAUGCCCUACCAGUUUUGCCCGCCAACUUCAAGAUGACGCACUAG